UCUACUUGCACAACUCGCAUCCAAUUCGACACUUGGUCACACGCAAUCUCUUCUUCAGCAAACACCACAAUCACCACCAUCACCAAAAUGACUGUCAAGGCCACCACCUGCUGCCGCCAGGGCACCGACGCCGAGUGUGCUUGUGCCCAGAAAGCCACCUGCUCAUGCGGCGAGCAAUCUGCUCUUCACUGCACCUGCGCCAAGGCCAACACUGAGAACGUCCUCGAGGGCCCGCGCUGCUCAUGCCGUGCUCGUCCUGCCGGCGAGUGCACCUGCGACCGAGCCUCUACGGAGAAUGCGCCCGUCUCAGGCUCAACCUGCCAGUGCGGUGCUCGACCAGCUGCUGGCUGCACUUGCGAAAAAGCCACCGAUGGCAGCUACAAUCCCGCCAACGAGAUCGACUUCACCAACUUUUCCAAAUAAAUAAAGAGAGCGAGCUAUCGUCUUUCGUCUUUCUCUUCUAUAAUUGUCUUCUCAUCUUAUUUCUCUCCCUUUUUGGUCCGAGGUGGCGUUUAGGGCGGCAUUGGAAUGCGAAAUUACGGGUUCAUAGGUUGGCUGCAGGCUUGAAGCUGCAGCUGCAUACAUUUUACAAAGAGGCUGCAUGCACGUACAUAAUUUUGGCAGGCCGGCGAUCGUCCAAUCAGCGGGCGCGUCGCUAUUCUGGGUCUGGAUCUGGGUCUGUCCCGUUGUUAUUGUUAUCCCAUCAACACAAUUGGGAAAUGGCGUUUGGCGGCUCAAUAUACAUGUGUCCUCCCUUGCGAGGCAUUUAGACUAGCAAUAUUCAUAACAAUAAUUGAGAUUAAGAUCAAUAGCAUACACAUAAUAAGCUAAACGCUUAGCGUAUUGUCAUC